AGCGUUCUCGACACCGCCCCCACCCGCCCUGGGCUGCCUCCACUUCCGGCAGGAGCAACCUUCUGGACGCCAGCACCCGUGAUGGCGGAGGGGGCGGAGGAGGGCGUUGGAGAGGAAGAGGCAGGAAGUAGGGAUAAGCUCCUUCCGGCUUCGGAGUCGCAGCCACCGGAAUCCAAGACUCCGAAAGUCCUCCGGCAGGAAGCUCAGCGGAAGUGGGAGAAGCACGUGAUUUGCCUAGCUCUCGGAGUGACGAAGACCAACUACGUAGCAGGAAGGAAGGGGAACCGGAGCCGGGGCGGGCGCCUGGCUCGACUACUGAACAGAGGUGGCGGGGGGGAUUACGGAUCCGGGCCGAGGCCCCAGCCGGGCUCCAGAAAGAUGUUACCAACCACGUCAAUGAAUUCCCGAUUACAGGGGAAUGGUGCCUUGAAUUCCAGGGAUGCAGCAAGGCACACGGCUGGAGCAAAACGCUACAAGUAUCUUCGGAGGCUCUUCCGAUUCAGGCAGAUGGACUUUGAGUUUGCCGCCUGGCAGAUGCUCUAUCUUUUCACUUCUCCACAAAGAGUUUACAGAAACUUUCAUUACCGAAAACAAACAAAGGAUCAGUGGGCACGAGAUGAUCCUGCCUUCUUGGUGUUGCUGAGUAUCUGGCUCUGUGUGUCCACUAUAGGAUUUGGAUUUGUCCUGGAUAUGGGAUUUUUUGAAACCGUAAAGCUUCUCCUUUGGGUUGUGUUUAUAGACUGUGUGGGUGUUGGCCUUUUAAUAUCAACUCUGAUGUGGUUUAUCUCUAACAAGUACUUAGUGAAGCGACAGAGCAGGGACUAUGAUGUAGAAUGGGGAUAUGCCUUUGACGUCCAUUUGAACGCUUUCUAUCCACUACUAGUCAUUCUGCAUUUUAUCCAGCUUUUUUUCAUUAACUAUGUUAUCAUGACAGAUACAUUUAUUGGCUACUUUGUCGGAAAUACAUUAUGGUUGAUUGCAGUUGGUUAUUAUAUCUAUGUAACAUUCCUAGGAUACAGUGCACUGCCGUUUUUGAAAAACACGGUAAUUCUUUUGUAUCCCUUUGCACCUCUCAUUCUACUGUACGGAUUGUCGUUAGCACUGGGAUGGAACUUCACUCACACACUGUGCUCUUUCUACAAGUAUAGAGUGAAAUAAAAAUGUGACUGCUAGCUGUCAA